AUGAACAACUUUGUGGGAAACAUGCCAAGUCAUUUAGGACAACUCCAUAACCUACGACAUCUAAUCCUUGAUCAUAAUAAUAUCGUAGGUGACAUAAGUUUUAUCAAUACACUAGUUAAUUGUAGUAAGUUGGAAGUCUUGGACUUGAAAGGAAAUAGGUUUACAGGAACCUUACCAAAAGCUAUUGCCAAUCUUUCUACCAAAUUAACUUUCCUUGCCAUUGGGGAAAAUCCCAUUAGUGGAAGAAUUCCUAGGGAAAUUAGUAAUCUCAUGAACCUAGACAAUCUAUGGAUGGAAGCAAACGGAAUCACUGGAACGAUUCCUUGGGAUCUUGGAAAGCUUCGAAAGCUAGAAAAGAUUGAGGAGACCUAUGCUGCCCUCCUCUGGACUUUCCUCAACUCCAAUAGACUCAAUGGUGAAAUUCCUGAUUCCUUCGGAAAUUUAUCGCGUUUGAGCAAACUUUAUCUAAAUGAUAACGAGUUGCAUGGAAGAAUACCUCUGAGCCUUGGUAAUUGUGUAAACUUGCUAUACUUGGAUUUAUCCUCGAAUAAAUUCACAGGAUCCUUGUACAACAAGCUUUUUACGGAAACUAACUUUGUUGAAUUAAAUGUGAGUCAAAACCAUUUAGAAGGGUCUAUCCCUAUGGAGAUUAGCAACCAAGUAAGUUUGGUAAAACUUGAUGUGUCGAGUAAUAAAUUUUCGGGGGAAAUUCCUGAUGUCUUUAACAACUUACCUACUCUUCAAAAAUUGUACAUGGCACAUAAUUUCUUCCAUGGUCUGAUUCCUCAAUCAUUCGCCUCUUUGAAAAGCCUUUUAGAAGUUGAUCUUUCUCAUAACCGUCUUUCUGGUCCCGUUCCAAGAUACUUAUCUUCAUUUCCCUUGAUAUACCUAAACUUAUCUUACAAUAAUUUUGAGGGAGAAGUUCCAACAAAAGGAAUUUUUGCAAAUGCGAGUGCAAUAUCUCUUGUUGGAAAUAACAGGCUUUGUGGAGGAAUUUCCGAGCUACAUCUCCCAAGAUGCGUGAAGAAAGCACCAAAGAAAACACGAAUGUAUUACACUCUCAAGCUGGUACUUUUGGGUCUGUGUUUCAAGGAAAUUUGGAUGGAAAAACAGUUGCUGUAA